GCUCGGCAAUUGGCUGAACGAGAACGAGCACAACGAGAAAAGGCAAAGAAGGCAGUUUUUGACGCCGAUGGAGACAUUACCUCUCGAAGCAUGAAUCGAACUCCACAAACAGGAAGGCACUCACUAUGUUCCGUUGCUACAAUUUCUGGUGAUCAACAUCUAACCUUACCUCAACCACCACCGCCACCGACCCAUUCCAAUUAUGUCACAUAUGUGCCACAAAUGUUAUUAGCUAUAAUUACAAUCUCAUUCGCAUGGUUGGCUAAUCUAAUCAGUUACAUGUACAGAUAA